AUGGCAACCGCAACUCUUGUCGCUCAGCCACUGCCGGCCUUGCCUUCUGGCUGGUCGGCAGACAAGGACUUCAAGGCCAUCGGCAAGGUCACCGCUGCCACCCAGAGGAGCCUGGAACCGAUAGGCCCUCACUUCCUCGCCCAUGCCCGCCGAGCCAGACAUAAGCGAACAUUCUCUGAGGAUGAUCGGAUUCAGGCACAGGAAAGCGCCAAGAAGGUUGAGGAUGAGGACGAUGGCGAGAUCAGCGAGCCGGAGGACCCAAUGAUGUUGCAGCGUGAGGCCAAGGACUGGAAGGAGCAAGAUCACUACCAGGUUCUGGGUCUGUCGAGAUAUCGAUACAAGGCCACUGAGGACCAGAUCAAGCGUGCUCACAGAAAGAAGGUCCUGAAGCAUCAUCCCGACAAGAAGGCUGCCACUGGCCGCGCCGAGGACGACAAUUUCUUCAAGUGCAUCCAGAAGGCUACCGAGGUCCUGCUCGACCCCGUCAAGCGCCGCCAGUACGACUCCGUCGACGAGGCAGCUGACGUCGAGCCGCCGACCAAGAAGCAGCUGGCCAAGGGCAACUACUACAAGCUCUGGGGCAACGUCUUCAAGGCCGAGGCCCGCUUCAGCAAGACGCACCCGGUGCCGUUGUUCGGCGAUGACAAGUCGACAAAGGAGGACGUCGAGAACUUCUACAACUUCUGGUACAACUUUGACAGCUGGCGCUCUUUCGAGUACCUCGACGAGGACGUGCCGGACGACAACGAGAACCGUGACCAGAAGCGCCACAUGGAGCGCAAGAACGCCAACGCUCGCAAGAAGAAGAAGGCCGAGGACAACGCCCGCCUCCGCAAGCUGCUCGACGACUGCUCCGCCGGCGACGAGCGCAUCAAGCGCUUCCGCCAGGAGGCCAACGCCGCCAAGAACAAGAAGCGGCUCGACAAGGAGGCGGCCGAGAAGAAGGCCAUCGAGGACUCCCGUCUGAAGAAGGAGGCCGAGGAGAAGGCGGCCAAGGAGGCCGAGGAGGCUGCCAAGGCCGACCGCGAGGCCAACAAGAAGGCAAAGGAGGCUGCCAAGAACGCCGUCAAGAAGAACAAGCGCGUGCUCAAGGGCUCGGUCAAGGACGCCAACUACUUUGCCUCGGGCGAUGCCUCAGCCGCUACUAUUGAUGCGGUCUUGGGCGACGUCGAGCUGGUCCAGGGCAAGAUUGACCCCGAUGAGAUUGCUGCUCUGGCUGGCAAGCUCAACGGCUUGAAGGUGGCAGACGAGAUCAAGAAUGUCUGGUCGGAGGAGGUCAAGCGCCUCGUUUCUGCUGGCAAGCUGAAGGAGGGAGACGCCAAGUCCCUUACAGCAUAG